CAUUGCCAUCCUUCUUCUUCUUACUAUUUUUUUCUUUUUUUUCUUGCGCUCGAAAAGAAAGCGGUUUACAUUGUCAUCCUUCCUUUCAUAGUUUACUUUACCUCUACCUCACCUCACUUCAUCUUUCUACUCGUUGCUCAUCUCUCAUACAAUCAACCAGUCAGCCAGCUCACUCUUAGUUUUAUUUCAUAAAUAGCUCACCUUCCAUCCACACGACACUGCAUUUUAUUCCGUUAUUCCUUACCUGCACUUCCUGUCUUCCUUCUUCUUUGGUCUUGACUAUCCCCUCUUUUAUCAUUUAUCAACUGCUCAAUGGCUAGCAUUGGUGAUACCUUAGUCCUAGAGCAGCAGCAACAACAGCAGCAGCCGCAACUUGGAUUACAGCAAGAAGGCUCUGCACAGCUCGAUCAAUCACAGCAGAACCCAGCCUUGCAGCCCAAAAGCAGUAACGACGAUGUUACACAAUCCCAUUCUUCUUCUGGGUUCCUGGCAAGUGUUCGUAAUGUGGCCAACAAGACGACUGACAUCCUAGGCAUCAGCCAUAACUCAGACAACGAUAAUGGGGAUAUUAUGAGUAGCAGUAACAUUAACAGUAGUAACACCAGCAGCAACAAGACCGACCAGGGCCAAGCUCAUGAGAAUGGAGGUGUGGAUGCCAUUGUCCAUGAGGCCAACUAUGGGACUGCUGCUGCUGCUGCUUCACCUGUUCCUGCUGUGUUGCCAGUAACGGAAGAGAGCACACAGGCCACGCAAAACGAAUCAAUGUCCACAUCGCCUGCAACGGCCUUUUCACAGUCCACUGUUAAUUCCCUUCCUCCCUCUCUACCUUCUACCUCAAUUACUUCAAUCACCAAUACCACUACCUUGCCUUGCGCACCGCCUUCUGUGCCUACUUCUGUACCUGCUGACAGCACUCUUCACUCUUCUCCCACUUCUGUAUCUACUCUCCCCUCCGACUACAGCAACAGCAAUAACGCCCCUCAGCAGCUUGUUAUACCAGCAAAUACUCAGUACAGUAAUAACAGCACCAAUCCAGCAGUACAUAAAACAAUGGACCCAUCUCAGUCUGACCUGAUGACCAUGGAGGCAUUUCAAAUGAAUGGAGGUGCUAGUCCAUAUAAUAACUACAACACAGACUAUAGCAAUAACAAUGUUGACCCCUCUACGUACACAGCUCCAACUGGUCCAGGCAGUUUUCCAGAAACUUUUGGUACUCAUGGCCAACAGCCUUUUGUCCAAAAUGACGAGAUUGGCCCAUUAAGCAGGGACAGCAAUGAGGGAGACGAUGCCAACAUUAAUUUCGUAUAUGCUAACGAGAAACGUUUCAACGACUUUCAUGCGCUUUUCCGAAGUGUACCGGAAGAAGAAAAGCUGAUUGAGGAUUACGGUUGUGCUCUGCAGAAGGAGAUCCUCGUGCAAGGCCGGCUCUACAUCAGCGAGAACCAUGUCUGCUUUAAUGCCAACAUCUUUGGAUGGGUCACUAAUCUGGUGAUUGCCUUUUCCGAGAUUAUCGCUAUCGAGAAACGCCUCACAGCAUUUGUGAUCCCCAAUGCGAUUAGUAUUGUCACUGCUACUAAUACCAAGGGGCAUUUCUUUGCGUCUUUCUUAUCCCGUGAUACUGCAUAUGACUUAUUAAUGGCUGCCUGGCGAAAAUCCUUCCCGUGUGCAGCGAAUACAUCCGCACUUACCAACAAUGUCUACAUUAGACAGGACAGAUCAAGUACUACCUUGAAUGAGGAUGAAGAUGAUGCCGAAUCGUUUAGUUCUGUACGGGUAGCCUCCACAGAAUCAAAGAGAAACAGGCAUAGAAGCUCCUCAUCCGCCUCACAGCACUGGACUGCAGAUGAAGCCGACUGGGAUGAACAUGAUGCGGAUGGUAAACCUUGGACAGGUGGCCAUCGACGACGUGGAUCCAAGAGGAAAGUGGUGAAGAAGAUUCUAAAAGAGGUGAUUGCACCUAUCAUUCAUGAUGACGACAACAAAAGCGAACAUCGAAAAGGACGAGGACGCUCUGUAUCGGAACUACCACCUCCACCCCCUUCAUUCGACUAUGGACGACGAGGUUCGAUCGAAAGCAAAUCAUCGGGCGUUGGCAAAAACUCAUCUGAGACAUCUCGACCAAGCAUAGGAUCGGAACCAUUGGAUCCAAACCGUUCUAACGGGGCAGCUGAUACAGGACUAAAUGCAGGAGGAGCAUCAAAGUCAUCAAAUAAUACUAACCAUUCCCCCACAACCUGCAAAUGCUCCGGGGAUGGUCGCCAUUAUGCCAACACAUACAUGUCUGAAAAAUACCCAGGAUCAAUAGAAAGCAUGUGGAAGCUCCUGUUUGAAUCGGAUUUCACCAAGAGCUUUUUAACAAGUGAUGCAAUGAAGGGCGCUGAUGUACAGGAGGAACCCUGGCGUGAUGCAGCUGAUGGAACCUCAACUAAGGUCACCAAAUAUACUAAAUGGUUGGGUAUGCCGAUCGGACCCAAGACCACGAAAGCGACCCUUACGGAUGUCUGUGAACACAAAGACUUUGAUGACUAUGUAACAAAUGUAACGACAACGUCUACACCCGAUGUUCCUUCUGGUGGAUGCUUUACCACAAAAUGCCGUACCUGUAUCACCUGGGCAGGUCCCAAUCAGAUCCAAGUCGUGGUGACAGGUGCAAUCGAGUUUACAAAGAGUAGUUGGAUCAAGGGUCAGAUUGAAAAAGGCGCUGGAGAAGGAAUGACAGCACAUUAUAAAGAAUUGCACCAGAGCAUCAACAAAUACAUCGCAGAUCACCCUGAAGAGUUUGGAGGAUCAGGCUCAAGCAACGGAGCUACUGCUGACACAGUGUCCUCAUCUACACCCAAGCAAAGCCCUGCACGGUCACGGACCAGUAGCCGUAGCGUAAAGAAAAAUCACAAGCUAGACAAAGAUAUGCUUGCAGAGGGUGUGGAUGUAAACAAACCUUUGCCUCCAGUAUCCCCCACGACUUCUGUUACACCGAACAAGAACAAGAAUAAGGACAAUCAAGUAGAGGCAGGAGGCAUAGGAGGUGUCUGGUCAAGGAUCACUAGCAUGUUUAGUUCGGCAGAUAGUGAGGGUGCAUCUCAUUUUGCUCUAGUGGCUGUCCUGUUACUAGUUAUGCUUGCCAACAUUUACAUCUGGUUUCAGAUUUCAAACGUCACUUCACAGAUUGAACGGAUCCAGAGUGACAUCCUUGGACAAAUGCGUGAAAACGGCAAAGGCCACCAACACAAGGGCAGCUAUUCAUUCAUGAUGGAUACAAGUGAGGACGGCACAAAUGCGUUUGAAUAUGCAGAGCUAAGUCCAGAAGAGCGCUAUGCGCGUGAGCAAGAAGAUGCGAUGUGGGCAUGGCUAACGGAACGCGAGGAGAGACAUCGAGAGUUCCAGCGGAAGGGUGCUCAGGAUUGGCUGAAGAGCCUCAAUGACCACAAAGAGCAGAGCAACAAUGGCAAUGAAAGUAAUAAUGGUGAGUCAUCCACAUCCCAAGAGUUUUCAGUAACAGAGGCCAAACUCCAAGCCAGGAUUAAUGAGCUCCAGCAACAACUCGAAGGCCUCGAGCAAGCUUUAGAUAAAGGCGGUGCUGCUAUGUAAAAAGUAAUAGUAGUAAUAGUAAUAAUAAUAAAUUCAAUCAGAAACUUC